UAAAACAUAAUGUCAUGGAAAAAUGUUCAUGAUACAUUGUUGAGUGAGAAAAAACAGGCUACAAAACAGUGUGUCCAGUAUAAUUCUGUUUGUGGAAAGUACAACCUCUGUUAAUUUAGCAUUGGCUGGAGAUAGCACAGUAGAUUUUGUUGGCAUUCUACUUUUUGAUUUCCAAUAAGACUUCUGGGUUAAUGCAGGGUCUGCUGGAUUUUGAGUCUCCUGAGGAUUUGGGGAUAGACUCCAGUGACCAAGAAGGAGGCUUGGCUAAGAAUGGGCCAAAGAGGACCAAGGAUUCCGCAUUCUCAGCUGAACUACAGCAAGCUUUGGCCAUGAUGGAGGAUUUGAUCAAGUCCUGUGAGUUGGCUGUGGACCUGGCAGCAGUCACUGGAUGUCCGAUCUCAGAAGAGGACCAACAAGAAUAUAUCGUAUAUGCUGUAAUCCAAAUGGUUGAAGAAAAAUACCAGAAGAGGCAGUGCUAGGGAGUUGAGCCCUCUCAACACGGGCAUGAGGGUAAACUCUGAGCGGGUCAGUCCCAGGAAUUCUAGGCAGGCCACCCUCUGGAACCAGAUGAGCUCCUUGGGACUGGAACAUCAUUACUAUUCAGCUGGGUUUCACUGGGGGGUGCUCUAGAUCUUGACUCAGGUGGAUUAGUUUUUCAUCUUUGUCAUAACAAAUUACCACAACCUUAGUGGCUUAGAGCAGCACAAAUGUAUUAUAUUAUAGUUCCACU